AUGGGUGACCUUGCAGAGAUCCUGGCGGGCUGUGGCGACUUCAGCCGACUGUUGGGCGACUUCCUACGCGAGCCGACAGCAUCAUCAGGCCUUGCUGAUCUGGUUCAGCAGGCGCAACAGUUGGCAGAAGGUGUCGCAAAGUUUCAGCAUUGCCUCCAGGAGGUGCGGCAGGGCGAUGCUGCACCGGCUUCGAAAGCAGUACGCAGGGCGGUGGACAAGCGACUUCUCGAUCUACCGAGCACGCUCGAGGUGCAAGAGCUGCUUCGACAGCUGGAUACGAUCAACGGUACGAUCCGUGCCCUCGACGAGAUGAUGGCUGCCGAGAGCAUUCCGCUGGCCGACUGUUUCAGCAUCGCACCCAGUGCAGCGCUCUCUGCAGGGCACAGUGCAUGGCACCCGGGCCCUCCUGAGGAAGCCGAAGCGGCACUCGUGCCAACGCCUUCAACCGUGCCGGCAUGGCCCGGCCAACUUGGCCAACUGGUGCAGAGCUCCAUCCCUCGUGAAGCCGGGAGUCCUGUGCGCGAGUCGGGUGACCAAGGUGCACUACCGGCAGAAGAGCCGCCAAGCGCCAUGGUGUUGUGGCAAGAAGAGACCAUGCAGAUUCUGGCAGAACCACAAGAUGUCAAAGGUCCGGCCUUGUCGGGCCGGCGCCUCGCCAAUGCGGAAGACACAGUACAGGUGGCUUCGCUGCUCUGCUCGCCGGGAUCUCCGGGCUCUCCUCCGGCCCUGCAAGACGGAGAUGGGCCACGGGUGGAGUCGCAGGCGCUGUUUCAGGUUGUACCAGUGGGCUCUGAAGACUUUGGCGCUGCAGGGGAUGCCAAGAAUCUCGAAGACGAUCCUGUCCUGGCUCUGAAGGCGCUCCCAGCAGUCCCCACCCGAAACUCCCUGCCGUUGCCCGCCUGCCGGCGUGUGGCAUCACGCCCCUCCAAGCGCAAGUCAGCUCUUCCACAAGUUCCUCGGCUUCCUCCACUUCCUCCGCUCCCGGACGGUGAUCUCAUUGAAAGCUUCUCGGAUAACCCAGUGCAUAAUGCCCUGCAAGACCUUCCUGCGACCGGGCAAAAGCUGCAGGAUCAAGAUGGAUCAGAGCCGGAGCCAAGCAAGGCAAGCAAAGGGGCAAGCGAAGGGGCAAGCGAUGCGGGUGCGGCAAGCCUGUACAGAGGACCGGAAGAAGCUGGGCCCACAGUCAGAAGCCCUGCAGGUGUCACACCAAACUGCGCGAGGAGUCCGAGGACCAGCGCAUCCAGAGGCAAAGCGGACCGGAAAAGCCGGACCAACAAAGACAAAGGCAGCUCGUCCCGGUUUCAGGGCCGUAUAAUCGAUGUCACAGACUUUGAUGGCAGCGACUACGCCGAGCCAGCGAAGCGCAGGAGGCUUGGACAAGACAGCAGCGAGAGGCAGGUUGUGCAGUCGGACCAACUUCAGCUGGUGCUCGAAGAAUCCGCUGAGGCUGCCGCCAAAGAAAGCUCGGGAAGUCAGAGAAGUCAGAGAAGUCAGAGAUCCUCUCAAGGCAAGAAGCUGCAGCGGGUGGUGAAGCCACAGCAAGGUUCCAACGAUGGCAGAGUCGCGCGGCGAGCGCGGCUGCUGCUGUCCCAGCGCUUCUUGUCGCAGCACCUGUCACAGCUAUCACAGUGCCUGUCACAGCGGAUGGCAUCAAGCCGGCAAGGCCGGCAAGGCCAAGGCCGGCAAGCCGCAUGCCGGGGUGCCGGCCGUCGCAGGGGCUGGAAUCUGGCGAGGCCCGUGCAGCAAUCGCCACCCCUACCAGCCCAGCCAGCCCAGCCAGCGCAACCGCUGCAGCCAGCGAAACAGGUGUCUGGAGCUCCAGAGCCUCCCGGCCUGGCCUCAGCGGCGCCGGAACGGCCCGACGUGCUGUUCACGGGCUUUGCGCGAAGCGAUCUCCACAACCUUCGCAGCAUGGUGAACUGCCUUGGCGGUCUGGCCGUGAGCUCUCUGACGGGCGGCCGGAGGUCCAACGUCCGACUCAUAGUCCAGAGCACGCGAAGUGAACGAAGCGAGGAACGGCAAGUUGCAGCUAUGAGAUCCGUCAAGUACAUGGAGGGAGUUCUUGCUGGUGCCUGGGUUCUUUCACCCGAGUGGGUGCACGCUUCCAUGCGAGCAGGACACUGGCUUCCCGAGGCCCGCUUCGAGCUGGCUGGAGAUCAGCACGCUUUGGGUGGCCCGGCUCGGGGCCGGAAGCACGGCCCGGAACUCUUCCGAGGCUGCCGCUUCCACUUCGUCGCCAUCCCGCGUGGGAAGAAGGAUGUGCAGGACAAGUCUUGUCCGAGCAUUGCUGAGGAGGAAGGGCCCACACCAAGCCAGCUCAGCCGAGUGGUGCGACGUGGAGGCGCCCAGGUCUUGGAGGCCCUGCAAAAGCUCCCGGAUGCUGAGGAGGAUCCACCCCACUUGGCCUCAGCAGUGCUGCAAGCCUCCAGGUCCAGAAAGCGAUCAAGCGCUUCAAGCUCAACCCAGGUGAGCAGCUUGCCACGCUUCUGGUGGCGGAAACCCAUCAUGGUCAGCGUCCCCGGCAAGGAGCAUCAGGGCAGCCGCCGCUCCGCAAAGCUGGCCAAGGAGCUGGGGUGGGUGUCCAUGCCUGCUGAAUGGCUGUAUGACUGCAUCUCUCAUGGAGAGAUCUGCCUGCCGGGCAAUUGCGAGAGCGAGUAA